CUCUGUGGCCGGCUGGUGGCGGGUCCUUUAGGCUCCCGUUGUUGCUGGCGCUGCCGUGCGCCCUGAGCUCCCGGGCCGAACAUCAUGACGUCCGCUUUGGAGAACUACAUCAACCGAACUGUUGCUGUCAUUACUUCUGAUGGGCGAAUGAUUGUGGGAACUCUGAAAGGUUUUGACCAGACCAUUAAUUUGAUUUUGGAUGAAAGCCACGAACGAGUAUUCAGCUCUUCACAGGGAGUAGAACAAGUGGUUCUAGGAUUGUACAUUGUUAGAGGUGACAAUGUUGCAGUCAUUGGAGAGAUUGAUGAAGAGACAGAUUCUGCACUGGAUUUGGGGAAUAUCAGAGCAGAACCUCUAAACUCCGUCGUGCAUUAAGGAAAAUGAUGCCUGGCCGUCUGUAAAUCUUUGUACAGAAGCUGAUUGUUCUGAAGUAGAUGUGCAGGAUUUUAAUGAAUGUGUACUUGUGAAUUUUGACUCAUUGGUUCAUUGUAAUAUGAUAAUGUAAAUUAAAAUAUUUCUACAUUUUGCUGAAAAAAUUUGUGCAUGGGUGUGUGGUUUAAAUUGUAAAUUUGAUAGCCUGAUUUUUUUUUAUUCAGUAUUGUGAGAAUAUAAUUUCUUUGGGAAAUUUUAGAAUAAAUCUGUACUACCUGA